CAACGGCCCAGACGAAAGUUUAGAGCUUCGAGCUCGAUUCCUACGAGAACCAAGCAUUCCAUUAAUCUUCAUCCCGAGCUUCCGAGAUAAAUCAAGUUUUUCUGUCCGCCACGGAAUAAAGCUAUUGAAACACCGUGCUAAAAUCGUGAUUAGAUCAAUUUCCCCAGGAUAUCUGUUGUCGAGGGAUUGAACAUCGACAGCCUUCUCAUAAUCACAGUUAAAUCCCCCCUUUUCCGAAGUAUCUACUGUCGGAUACCAAACCUCGAAAACCGUUUUUCUACUGUCGGAAUCGUUAUAACCACCACUAUAUCCCCUUCCCAAAGGUACACCGCUGAAACCUGUCUUCUCCGCCCAGGAUGCCUGCCUUCGUAGAUAUGCCCCGCCUUCAUGUCCCUAAAAAAAGGAAAAUGGAAGAAAUACCCGCGUUAGAGAAGGAGAAGGAGAAGUUAGAUAAGGACGCCAAGUUAGCGAGGAAGAAGCUAAAGGCCAAAGGGUCUUUUGAUGGAGACUCUUGGACUUCUGCUGCAGAUGUCGAGGAAAUGUAUCUUCGAAAGACUCGGGUGGCUUCUGAAAUAUCACUGUCGAAGUUCAAAGGACCAGAUUCGGCAUGGGCAAAGAGUGAAGAAGCGCGCAGCUUAUUUGAGCAAAUUCGCGCUCAGGAAUAUCGUGUUCGAUCAUUCAGCGCUCAUAGCAAAGCUCUCUCUCUCGAUGACCCGAAGAGAACCUUGCGCGGGUCAUUUAUGAAGUUCUUUACCACGAGUACUCUAGGCCUCGGCAUCCAAGAAGGUUCCGGGGCAGGAAAGAGAGACUCGACCAUCCAGAGCAGUUUUCGGUCAAGACUUCUGGAAAAGUACGAAUCCCUGGACGAGACUGGAGAGUAUGCCUGGUGCUCCAUACUUCACAAAUUUAUCGCAAAGGAAAAUACCACAGCAGCCCAUCUAUUCUCAUACAAACAUGGCCAAGUGUCUAUGGACGCAAUCUUUGGGAAACAAUCCUCCCCUGAACUCUUUUCAGAGAAGAACGGCUUGAUAAUCAGCACUGUCAUCGAGAAAGUGUUGGAUACAGGAGUCUUGGUUAUUGUUCCAGAUUUGCCAGACAAGCCAACGCAGCAAGUGUUGACGCGCUGGCUGAAUCAGGACAUCCGCGAUUUCAAGAUCCGAAUCAUUGACAGAGAAUGGUCCAAACUAGACCACGGCAUUGAGGAGAAGGACAGCGGAAUAAAAUGGAGAGAUCUAGACAAUAGGAAGCUGAAAUUUAUUGGGAAAUUCCGCCCAGCGGCAAGAUACUUAUACUUCCACUACUGUCUACAGGUCCUACGUCGGGCUUGGCGUGCAGGACCUGGCCAACAUGCUGCAUUCACGCUGAAGGACGAGCUGGGAAAGCCCAUUUGGGCAACAUCUGGGAGAUAUAUCCCAAAAAACAUGCUCCUUGCUUUUGUGGAAGAAUUAGGCCACGAACACAGCGACCUGCUUAUUGCAGCGUCAAGGCGCCGGGGUCGCCCGAAUAUCCUUCUAGAUGCUGCUGCCGCACAUAUUGCCGAUAAAAGUGAGAGUGAGAGCGAGAGUGAAAGUGAGGAGGACAAUGGGAAUGAGAGCGAAAAUUAUGACUAA